UGUGUUGAUAAAGCUACAACAAAAAUGGCCUUGCACCAACAGAUAUAUAGAAGAUACAUAGCAAUUCAUUCAAGAAAUGUCCAAAAUUUUGAUAUGUAUAAGACUAGCUAGAGUCUUCAAUGCUCAAACCUAGCCAAUAAUACACAAGGCCCUGGCCAUUUUCUCUAACACCAUCCGCUUGUCUGCAGCUAUAACCCAACUGCACAUAAGACGACGCCCAAUCUCGCAGUCAUCGCCACCGCUAUACCCUCCGAUCACCCUCUUUUCUACUUCAACCAUCCUCAAUAAGUCUUGAACAUACAUGGCGGAAGACAACCCCAACAACCCCAUCCUCUCCAAAUUCGCAGUUAUUCUCGCCGGCGUCGCAUCCGCCGCUGUGGUGGUCACAGUCUACCACUGCGUCGUCGUUUCCUGCCGCAACAGGGGACGCCAGAGAAGCGAUCGAGAGCGGCUGCAGCAACUCAUGUACCAACGAGCAGAUCAGACGCCGAGCAGCGUCGACAACUCCGCGGCUCUUCUCAUGAUCCCGGCGCAUAAGUACCAUAAGGGGAUGGAGCUAGCGGGGAAUGAUGAUGGGGUUUGUGCGGUGUGUUUGUCUGAGUUUGAAGAGGGAGAGGAGCUGCGUACUUUGCCUGAGUGCAUGCACUCCUUUCAUGUAGCUUGCAUCGAUAUGUGGCUCUAUUCUCACACCAACUGCCCCUUGUGCCGUUCCAACGCCACACCCUCGCCGCUGUUACAGCAUGGUUUACCGGAGUCAAGUUCCGGUGGGUUAACGGAUGUUGUUGUCCAAUCUCGAAGGCUAUGAUGUAUAUAUAUAUGGGUGAAUUGGUGCCCCACAAUUCUAAUCCUCUUUAUUUUAUUUUUUU